AUGAACUCAAGAAGCACACAUCUUACAGAAUAUGCAAUCAAAGAAAUCAUCUCCGAGAAAUUCACUUCAUGGAAAUCAGUCUCUCCUUCAAACAUCUGUAUUUCUAGAUUGACAGGGUUGACUAACAUAACCUACAAAGCUCAGGCCAUGAUUGACACUACACCUUAAACAAUCUUGUUCAGAGAAUUUGGGAAUGCUGAAGGAUUCGUGGAUUCAUAACAAGAGAGGAUCAUCUUUAAAACAAUUUCUGACAUGGACCUUGGACCUUAGUAAUUGGAAUGUGGUAACAGUUGGAGGAUGGAAGAAUUUGUAAAAGAUGGAGUACAUCCUAACAAUUAAAAAAUGGCUGAAGCUGAUUUCUAAUUUAAGUCUAUGGGAGUGUUGUAGAAAUUCCAUUAGAUGGAGAUCCCUAUACCCAAUAAUGGCUAAUCUUCCAUUAUUAACAAGACUCUCUCGGGAGAAAUGAAGGCAAAUGUAAUCAAGAAGAUCGAAAAACGAGGAUUGUACACAGACGUAGAACUUGAAUAGUUGGAAUGUAUUGAAAACUUCAUUAAUAACGAAGAAGAAUUCAAUUAUUUGAAUGAAAUGACUCAAAAGGAGAAUAAUGAAGAGUUAAAAUUCUGCCAUAAUGAUUUGAAUUAAUUAAAUAUAUUUAACACUUCUAAGAAGGACAAGGAAAUCAUCUUCAUAGAUUAUGAAUAUUGUUCAUAUAAUUAUCCCUCUUAUGACAUUGCUAAUUUCUUAAAUGAAUCUGCAAUCAACUAUCAACACGAAGAAGAACCUUAUUAUGUUCUAGUAGAUGACAAUUUCAAUACUGCUCCCAUUUAAGCACAUUUCCUUGCACUCAGUUACAUAAUCAACAAGGAGUGCACCUAAUUAGAAAUAGAUCAGAUCUAAAGAUUGAUCAAUGAAAAAACCAAUAAAAACAAAGAUGAAUUGAAGACUUUCAUCUAAUUAGUUAAACAGAUUCUUGAAUAGAGAUUAAGCGAAUAAGAGAUUGUGGAGUUGUUCAAGGCGAUUUCUUAUUUAAAGAGAAGAAUCAGAAGAUUGUAAAUCUUAUCCAAUUUGAAUUGGGUAUGGUGGAGUAUUCUUUUGGCUCAUGAUAAGAAUUCUCUCAACUUUGAAUAUAUAGAUUAUGGUUUUUUGAGAUUCAAAAUGCUAGAAAAGCUUUUGGAAUUGGAAAAAGCAAGAAAAAAUACUUAAUGA